ACCUGCAGUGUCUUGGUUUGACACCCCUGUUUUGUUUUUUUUAUUUUUUUAUUUUAAUUUGACGCCCCUAGUAUAGAGCAAUGCUUUGGUGUUUUCUUGGCCGAUAACUGCUUUAUAAACAUAAUAUCUGCACCACUACCAGACAGUGAAGCAGUAUCCUCUUUCAUGAAUCUCAACAAAGUGAACCAACCUGAUUGACGCCAUCAUUGUGUCCUUCAUCAACGGUGAAUCACAACAGAACUGGAGUCUUUGCUCUGCAUGCCUCUUCAUGCACAGGGAGACUGGCGGUAACUGCAACACCGUGCCUCCAUGACACUUCCUCGUUCCUCCGUGGAAGACAAACUUUUGACCCAACGGCCACGUCCCAACGAGACGCUAUUAUAUGGCAUACGGUUUUUUGUGUAAAUACACUUGGUCUGGAUAUAGAAAUUAUCACAUAGCUCCUCGAAGUUAGUCGCUCCGAUCUCGGAAGCUUGGAAUAUGGCUGACAGGAGAGGAACGGACGACGACGACGACGAGCAGAAAGUUGAAGGUGCCAUGGGUGGGGAAGGUGCCAUGGGUGGGGAAGACGUCAUUGAUGAUCCCAUCAUAGAACAAGGAGCAAUAGUCCUCAGAGGGUAUGUGAUUGAGCGUAUAAAUGCAGAUUAUCCCAGUCAACACAUUUCUUCUGAGGACUUGGGUGGAAGAUCAAGUGAACACCAGGAUCCACAAAUCAAAGAAGUUGUGGAGCAGCUGCUCAAGAUUGCAGAUGAGAUGAACAGGAAUGCUGAGCUUCAACGAUUAAUAAACCAGGUUCAAGGUAACUGUGCUCAAGAUAUUUUCAUGAAAGUGGCCAGGAGCAUCUUUGCUGACGGCAUCAACUGGGGUCGAGUUGUGGCUCUCUUCCAUCUAGCAUACAGACUCAUAUACAAGGCACUGACCACAAACCAUCUAGAGAACAUCAGAGUGGUCACCAGUUGGGUGCUACAAGUUAUCAGGGAGCAGCUCUACUAUUGGCUUGUUCAGCAAGGAGGCUGGGAAGGUGUCAUCAGUGGAUGGUCUCACUGGAGGAAAUUAACCUUAGUGGCAUCCGUGGUUUUGGUAGCAACCUUUGUUUAUUUCAGGAAGACACGCUGACCAUCAGCUGUCACACCCUCAUCAACGAUGGUUCACUCAAGUAAGAGAGAUGGAGAUAAAUAUGAAUAUGUUUUUCAGGAAAUAAGUAACUAUCACUUAUAAACCAAAGUACAGGCUAGGCCAAGACUUAAAGCAGUGACGAUAACUAUCUGAACAGAAAUCAGAAAUGCACAAACUAUGCCAUAGACGUUCAUAUCAUCCUCACCCCAACCCAAGAUGCCAUCAAAAUGUUGCAGGACCUGCUGUGUAUAUUUUGUUAUACCUUUCAGAUCACCUUCAGCUGUCUUAUUUUCCAAGUUGGAGUUAACAACCUGUUGUGCAAUACAUGUACUUCAUGUAUGCCUGUUGAAAGGUGAUAUGACGACACGAGUAAUGAUAUGCGUAUUUUCUGAAUGCAUUUACUCUGAUAAAUGUGCAAACAUCGGCUGCAAAGAUCAUCUUUUAUGUGUGGGGGUGCCUUUAUCGAUACCUGUAUGUUACCCACAGGUUGCUUUGGUUUAAUGUUAAAUUUCUUGCAUUGGUCAUGGGAAUAGAUGUGAUAGUUACAACACUGUAAGUUAAGACGCUGACCCAAACUUUUGCUAAUAUCUUUUCUUUUUGAAGAAGAAGUCUAUUUUUUAAUUCCACAAGUGUAUUUUCUUGAUGUUUAAUUAAAUAUGACUGUGUAUAAAAGACUUCUAUCAAAAUGUGA